UGUCCAAUUUUUUUAACUUGCAACAUGAAAAUCACAAGUGCAACUUAAAACUUUUGUUGGUUUUAUUCUUGUUAGAGUAUCUGAUUGUUGUUAAGCUUUUCUUGGCAUUGAUGGGACAUAAGUUAUUUGUAGCUUUUUUAGAUGAACAAAAUGAUAUUUCGACGGUCAAGCUUAUCCAUACCUCUGCUACAGAAAGAUGAAAAAGCUACCGUAUAAAUCCUCUUAUUUGACUUCCACCUCUUCUUUUACUGGUGUGGAGGAUACUGUUAAGCUAGAAAGUGAAAAAACAUGAAGUGUUUAAGAAUUCGUGUUGGUAGUAGUUCGCCAAAAUUUUCAGAUUUGAAAUGAAAAAAGAUUUGUUUUCAAAAGUUGAGUGCAACUGGAGUAUGUGCAAAUUAUUUGGCUUUUACUCUACGUGGGUCACAUAGUUCUCAGGAUCUUUGAUUUUGUUAUUAGCUCCGAGUCAUUAUUAUCAUGGAAGGUCACAACCAGCCUAGAGUAUUUGAGUGCACCUGAAAAGUUGUGUACAAGGCAAGCUAUACCCUAUAUGUUUAAUUUGUUGAAGACAUAAUACUUUAUAUUUGUAUAUUCAUACAUUUGUGUCUUAGACAUUGCUCUCAAGAUCUGAUUUUGUUAUCAGCUCUGAGUCAUUAUUAUUUCGGAAGGUCUUAACUCAUGACCAACCUAGAAUAUUUGAGUGCACAUGAAAAGUUGAACAAGGUAGGCUAUACCUUGUAGGUUUAGUUUGUUAAAGACAUGGUACUUUAUAUGUAUAUCUUCAUACAUUUGUGUCAUUGACUAUAAAAUUAGCACCAGAAUUUGAUCAAUUGGAAUUACUAUAGAACCUAGUGGGAAUUUUACCAGACUAUUAUAUCGUGUACUUUUGAAUGUAUUUCCAGGAGUACAAACAUUAACACGUUAAUAUAUAGAGUAACUUCUUACUUGACAUGGGUUAUUUUUCACUUGGUAGCAGCACUACAAUAGUUACAUGGCUGAAUACAUAUAUAAUUCUCCACUUGAUUGCUCUUGUUUAAGAGUUCUGCUCUUCUCAAACCUCUUCAUUUAAUUUAAUCAUUUAGCAUAAACACACAAAAUGAUAAUGCAGCUUGUAGUUCUGUGUAUUCUAUAUGCCUUUUGUUUCUUUUGACAUGGUGAAUGUCACUUCUGGUGAGAUAGAAAAUAGAAUGAUGAUGACUGGUAUGCACACUGUGGCAGACAUUUUCUGUGUCUGUUGUGGGUCAAAUGUUGGAUGGAAAUAUGAGGCCGCCCAUGAGAUGAGCCAAAAGUACAAAGAAGGAAAAUCAGUGCUUGAGCGGUUUAAGAUUUGUGGCGUUGAUGGAAGCCAUUACUCGUCUAGUCAUGAUAUUCAUGUUGCAGGAAGUGAUGCUGAUGAUGUUUGAUCACAAUCCAGAAAAAAAAUUCUAUCCCAAAAUGUACAUUCUUUAACUCACCACCCCAUUAGUUCUUUAUGGACCAUUGGAUUCUUGAAUAACUUAAGCUACUACAACUUCUUUAAGCUUGUCCUCUAUUGUCUAUAUUAACAUGGAAGCCACCAUGUGUUGUGGCAAACUAACAUGACCAUCUGCCUGCAUUUGUUUGCAAUGACAAGACAUUACUAGUAGCAA